AUCAUUGAGCACUGAGCAGAAUAAGCAACUUCACCUUGUACAUAGAAAUAAAUAGACUCGGCUUCUAUAACUACACAUUCUUUCAAUAUCCCAGAUGAUACUAUUAUGUAGAAUUCGACCACCAUGACUGACUGGAGAUCUGAAUAUCUUACUUCCCUGCAAGAAGCAGAGCGGAACAAUCCCGUGAACAAGGACCUCGUCGAGGCUUGCUCCCAACUCGCCGAUCGCGUAGCCGCCCUCGAAGCCGAGAAGGUAGUCUGGCAAACCUCAACGAACCCCCCAACAUCGCCAGAAAACUCGUCGGGAAAACGCAUUGCGACAACUGGUACGACGGAUAGUAGUGCGGAUCAGAACGUCGCCCAACUUCGGCUGGACUUAGCAGAAACGCUCCGGUCCAAAGGCCAGCUGCAGAGCAGACUAAAAGCCGCCGAAGACGAACUCCAGAAGCUGCGGUCAAAAGCGAAAGUCGAUACUAAGCGUAUUAACGAUCUGACCGCAGAGCGUAACGCACUCACGGCGAAACUUAAGGACCGCAACGAAGAGCUAGCCGGCAAGAACAAGAUGCUCAAGGAUAUUCAGGAUGAGAACCUGACUUUAAACAUACAACUCGACGUCACCGAGCAGAAAGCAGCCAAGAUCGCAGCCGACAAUAAGGACCUAAUUAAGAGGUGGAUGGAUCGGAUGAAGCACGAGGCAGACGCCAUGAACCUGGAAAACGAAUCACCAAGCAGUAAGAAUCGUAGGUGAGGUGAAAAACCAGCAUACCGCUCGCGGAUGCUAUCGAGCUUUAUUGUAUU